AUGGACGAGAGAAACCAAAUCUACGCCACGUCCCCCACUAUCGAGCCAUCAGACGAAACAGUCAUACCAAGUCCCAUCGAAGAUCUGAAAUCGGCUGUGGCACAACAUGCAGGCAUGGAUUUCCCAAUGUUUCCAGGUCAAAAUAUAACCCCGGUCGCCAUUGAAGACCACAACAUCAAAAUGGGUUUCACUUUCGACCCCCAUGAACGGAUGACGAGUUCCACCUUGGACAUGCUACUUUCUUUCGAUGCGCUUAUCGGUAUAGAAUCGAUUCCUUUUGAAUAUCUUUCUGAGAUGUAUCAAAAUUACUUCACGACGACGCACCAGACAUUUCCUCUAAUCAACCAAGAAGCUUUCCUUUCCAGCCUUUCCAUCAACGGCAAUGCUCAGGAAGUUCUGGCACUUCAGUCUGCUAUGUGUGCACAUGUAGCUGCGGUGUCACCUAAUUUCAUGAGUUGGGCAGUACUAAACCUUGCCUUUGUUGGUGAUCAAGACUACGGCCAUUGGUUCUAUCAACACUCUAAAUUGCAUCUCAGCAAGGCAGAAACCGAGAACCAAAUAACUCCUUCCCUGGCCACCCUUCAGGCAAGUGCGCUCAUAGGGCUCUAUGAGCUCAAGCAGUCGCAAUUCAGUCAAGCGUGGGUCACUAUCAGUCGUGCAGUCUGGGAAGCCCAGUGCCUACGGCAUCCCAAAACUGAAUCACUACAUCCGUCCCAACAGAGAAUACCUCUUCCCACUCCACCACCAACGCCAAAGGGAAGAUCGCUCAACAGCAACGAGGAACGAAACGCUGUGUGGGCGGUAAUCCAUCUGAACUGUUUCCUGGGGAUCGGGGUGAGUUCCAACGUUAUAGAUACCGUUGCACAAAACGAGAUGGGAGUAUAUCUUCCAUGUCAAGAUGAACUGGAUAUGGAUCUUCGGUUAGAAGAGGUCAUGAAAGCGACACAUCAAGCAUUUCAGCUAUCCAUCAAGCAACAUCUGAGUAUAGCAACCAUUCUAUGUGCAAGGACAUUUUCUCACAUCAAAAUGAUGAAGCAUGCGAGUUCUUUGGAUCACAAUCCAUAUAACUUCUGGACUCAGCAUUACCAUCUCGACGAGGCAACCCGCCAUAUUGGGUGUUGCAUUUCUGGGUCGGUACAUGGAUCAACCGAUACCCGGGAGGACGUCAAUUGCCGCAUAGUCGUGAAUCUUCUCCUCAAAACUAUAACAAUAUGUCUCCAUGAAGCGUUUAUGCAUAAGGCUGAGAGCGAAGUUUCUAUGAAGGGAAGCUUCAAACAUGCAAGGCAGGCCCAAAGUAGCCAUGCCCUUACAUUGCAGAACUGCAUGGAUAUAACAGAAUUGGUCCAGAGCAUUGUCUCCACCGACGAAGCGAAGUCGAGCAUCUUCCUGCCGUGGAGCAUAUAUGUUGCCAUUCAAUCCCUUGUCCGGCAUCAGCGACGUGCUACCAGCCCUGCCGUCCUGAUACAACCAACCUCUCAAAGUUUCACCAACAGCGAUGAUACUACGGCUUUUUCCGGUGGGAACUGUCUUCGCUGCGCAACAGCAAGUCAAUCGUCCAGUUUGGAGCAAGAAGACAAAGCAGGCUUACUUGCUGAAGCUGUUGUCUUGGAUGCUAUCAAUGCACUUCGCUCUUCGUUGGUCCAUCUCAGCCAUCAGAUGCCUUUGGCGCGCUUCUUCUAUGACGAGGCGCAAGUCGAGGCGCAAGUUGAGGCGCACGGAACCGAUGAAUUGGUCGAUCGAGUCGUAGGGCUGGCAGCUUUCACGAACUUCGAGUGA